AUGAAGAGGUCGUGUUCGCUGUCCUCGUUGUCAACGAGGCUCGCGCUUCUGGUGGCCGGGUUGUUGCUAACAUCGUUGCUGUACGUGCACCAUUAUCGUCUUGGUUCUCCAGACCAUCGAUACCUGGACCAAAGUAUUGGCGCUGUCUUUCACCAAGAUGAGGUGCCGACAACGAGGUACUACGAUUGGACCGUUGAACGAACAGAGCUGGCUCCUGAUGGUGUCAAGCGGGACAUGAUCACCGUAAAUGGUCGAUUCCCUGGCCCAACGAUCCAAGGAAACGUCGGGGACCAUAUCUCUGUUGUAGUCAGGAACCGCCUACCGCGCAACAUCUCGCAUCCGGAACGGGAGCGUUACUCCACGAUGAUGCACGAAGUCUAUGAUGUCGACACCGACAGCAAAGUGUCUAUCCACUGGCAUGGUCUCUCGAUGCGAGGGAGCCCACAAUCCGAUGGAGCCCAUGGCUUCACUUCGUGCGCAUUCGGGCCCGGGGAGGAGAAGACGUACACGUUCCAGCUCCAAGAGGAGGAUGCGGGCACGCAUUGGUGGCAUAGCCACAUUGGCAUGUCUCGCUCCGACGGGCUGUGGGGGAGCCUCAUCGUGCAUAGCAAGAAAGAGCGGGCCAAUCUCGUGCAACGGGCUGGUCUCAGGUGGGACAAAGAAGAAGUCGUGGCACUUGGUGAUCACUACCACAAGCCGGGCGCCGAGCAGAUCUCGUGGUUCAUGUCGCGCUACUCCCUCGGCUAUGAGCCCACGCCCGAUUCCGGCCUGAUCAACGGGCGGCACAUCUUCGAAUGCGCGAGAAACAUGGUUGAUGGGAUCCGAUGCGACCAAAGUCUGGGAAGCUAUUCGACACUCGAGUGGGAGCGAGGAAAGACGUAUCGCUUGCGAUUGGUUAAUGUAGGCGCAUUGGCCGAUAUGAUCUUUAGCAUCGAUGGUCACGCACUACAAGUAAUUGAGGCUGACGGAACCCUCAUCAAACCGUUCAAAAGCCGUCGCUUGUCCAUCGCACCCGGUCAGCGCUACUCUGUCUUGGUCCAAAGCCCGGAUACAAGGGUGAAGCACUCGCGCUUCUGGCUGCGUGCUCAAAUGGACAGCCGGUGUUUCAACAUGGCCAAUCCCUCGUUGAAUCUGACGACACUCGCAAUUGUCGACUAUGCCUCCCCAUCUAGUCGAACCUUCGAGAGCAACAAAGGGCUCGAUUUCCGAAGCCGGGGUCUCCCCUUUGCCCCUUCAUUGCCGACGACCGAGGCAUGGCCAGCUUCGCCUGAAGACGGCAAAGAAUGUCACGACGUCGAUCUAGCCCUGUUGAAGCCGUUGCUCGAGGAAGAGGAAGCAGCGCCAGCGCUGGACUUGGCCAAGGGUGACAUCAAAGUGGUCGUUACAGCAACGAUGCCAAAGAUGGAGCGACACGGCCUUGUCCCCGUGGGCUACCUCAACCAGUCAACUUGGCGCGCUCCGACUGAGCCAAUCCUACAGUCAUACUUUAAAGGAGGGCGGCGCGAGACGUCCAGAAAUCAGCUCAUCUUCGAAGGACACGCCGGGAGAGAUGAUCGCCCAACGACGAUUGAGCUGAUUGUUCAGAACAAAGACGAGGCACCGCACCCUUUUCACCUCCACGGCCACCACUUCUGGGUCAUGGAGACUGAAGAGUCUCCCAAUAUGAUCCCGAGCUUCUACUUUGAUCCAGAGGGAAAGCGGAGUCAAGCCUACGAACUCAAGGGACGGGCAAAGAGGGAUACUGUUCACGUGCCAGCGCUGGGCUAUGCCGUAUUGAGGUGGCGGAUGGAUAAUCCUGGUGUAUGGGCUUUUCACUGUCAUGUCCUCGUUCAUAUGGUGUCGGGCCUCGCAAUGGCCACAGUGGACGAGCCGGGAGUGAUUCCGAACCUGGGCAACAUCAUGCCAGAGUCAUGUCCCCGUCUUUCCGCUUGAUCUGGUCCAUUCUUGUAGUGUAUUUUUUCAAUGUGUAUCAACAA